CUAAAGAUUGGAACAAUAUUUCCGUGUCAUGGUUUGUUGUGAAGAAUCAUUUCACAUUUUGUUUUCUCGACAAAAUGUAUAAUUAGUCAUGGUGUUAAAAUACCUGAAGAUUCAGGGUAGUUUCGGAAAACCCGUCUAAAAGCCAAAGUCAAUCUUGAUUCUUAUUAUUGCAUCCAUUGAAAUCGUGAAGCAUCAGUGCUUCUUAAGUCUGACUCGAAUAUGCUUUUAUAAGUUUUGCAUUUAUAGAGUGCAAUAUCUAAGCAAUGUUAACUCAAAUUAAAGUAAGCUGAUUACGUAUUAUUAAUUUGGUUCCCUGGACGGUCGCAGCAACUUUUAAAGAUGGCUGAUGUGGAUCCCGAAACAUUAUUAGAAUGGCUUAAUAUGGGCCAAGGGGAUGAGAGGGAUAUGCAACUUAUAGCACUAGAGCAACUUUGUAUGCUUUUAUUGAUGUCCGAUAAUGUUGACCGAUGCUUCGAAAGCUGCCCACCACGAACAUUCCUACCAGCUCUUUGUAGGAUAUUUUUGGAUGAAUGUGCUCCUGAUAAUGUUCUAGAAGUUACAGCUCGUGCAAUAACAUACUAUUUAGAUGUUUCAGCUGAAUGUACCCGUCGCAUUGUAGCUGUAGAUGGAGCUAUUAAAGCAAUUUGUGGUCGUUUAGUUGUUGCUGAUGUCUCCUCGAGAGCAAGCAAAGAUCUUGCUGAACAGUGCAUAAAGGUUUUGGAGCUUAUUUGUACUAGGGAAGCUGGUGCUGUUUUUGACGCUAGUGGCCUGAACUGCGUUUUGUCAUUUAUACGGGACAUAGGAUCUUUAGUCCAUAAAGAUACCUUACAUUCUGCUAUGGCUGUAGUUUCUCGACUAUGUGGAAAAAUGGAACCUCAUGAUACUAGUUUAGCCAACUGUGUUGAAGCUUUGUCAGUGUUACUUAAGCAUGAUGAUACUCAUGUUUCUGAUGGAGCUUUGAGAUGCUUUGCUUCAUUAGCUGACAGAUUCACUCGUCGAGGAAUUGAUCCAGCGCCCUUAGCUGAACAUGGCCUUGUAAAUAGAUUAUUAGUGAAACUAAAUAGUGUAACAUUACUGUGCCCAGUGAACAAUACAUCUUCAUCCCCUGGGUCACCGGAAGUUAAAACAUCUUCUAGCAUAUCAACUACAAUUAGCUUACUGUCCACUUUAUUUCGAGGUUCUCCCAGCAUAACUUAUGAUCUUCAUAGGUCAGAUCUUCCAAGUGCCAUAGAAUCAGCUGUUCAGGGUGAUGAAAGGUGUGUCUUAGACACAAUGCGGUUGGUCGAUUUGCUCUUGGUGCUUCUAUUUGAAGGAAGGAAAGCAUUGCCAAAAUCCCAAUCUACUGCUCCACCUGCCAGAAUAUCUAGUCUCAGGCGAGUUGACACAGCUGGAGAAAGGACUCAUCGUCAACUUAUUGAUUGCAUCCGUAGUAAAGAUACUGAUGCUUUGAUUGAUGCCAUUGAUUCUGGAGGUAUUGAAGUCAAUUUCAUGGAUGAUGUUGGGCAAACCUUGCUUAACUGGGCAUCAGCUUUUGGAACUCAAGAAAUGGUUGAGUUUCUGUGUGAUCGUGGUGCUGAUGUUAAUAAAGGCCAAAGAUCGUCAUCUUUGCAUUAUGCUGCUUGUUUUGGUAGACCAGGGGUAGCAAAGGUCUUAUUGAGGCAUGGUGCUAAUCCUGAUUUACGGGAUGAAGAUGGUAAAACUCCUUUAGACAAAGCAAGAGAAAGAAAUGAUGAAGGGCACAGAGAGGUUGCUGCAAUUCUUCAGUCUCCUGGAGAGUGGAUGUGUCCAGUCGCAGAGAGCUCAAAGCUGGGCGAUAGGAUCAAGCAAGAUCAUGACCAUGAAAGUGAGCCUAAAGGUGACCCUGAAAUGGCUCCAUUAUACCUGCAACAGCUUCUACCAGUAUUUUGUCAGCUUUAUCAAAGGUCUAUGGUUCGUUCAGUCAGAAAAGCAAGUUUAAAUCUCAUUAGGAAAAUGAUUCAUUACAUCAAUUCAAAUUUGCUGGUCGAAUUUUCUAACUCUGAUGUCGGAGCUAAGAAUUUUGCUACGCUUUUGACAGAAGUCAUAUCAAGCGUUCUGGAUAGUGAGGAAGAAGAUGAUGUAUUGCUGCAGACCUUAAAUGUUAUUCAUGAUUUAAUGUUGAAAGGAAGAGAAAUAUAUUUAGAUCACUUUGCUCGUCUUGGUGUUUUUACGAAGGUUCUGGCAUUGGCUGGUCCAAGCGACAGUGAUGAUGAAAAUAAGAAAAUUAAAGAUAGCGGGGAUGAUGAUUUUCUAAUGGAAGAUGCUAAGGAGAUUCUUCCUGGAAAACCUUAUCAUUGGAGGGAUUGGAGCAUUGUCCGAGGAAGAGAUUGCUUGUAUUUAUGGAGUGAUGCAGCAGCAUUAGAACUUUCAAAUGGUAGCAAUGGUUGGUUUCGUUUUAUUUUAGAUGGAAAAUUAGCUACAAUGUAUUCAAGUGGGAGCCCUGAGAAUGGAUCUGAUAGCUCAGAGAACCGAGGGGAAUUCCUUGAGAAGUUACAACGAGCAAGAAGCCAGGUCAAAACCGGCUCGCCUAGUCAACCUAUUUUGUCUAUUCCUGGUGCUACUAGAUUAGUUGUUGGAAACUGGUCUUUAUUUUGCAAAAGGGAUGGUGAAAUAUGUAUACACAAUUCUGAUGGUCAGCAACAAGCCACAAUUUUAAAGGAUGAUCUGCCAGGAUUUAUUUUUGAAUCCAAUCGUGGAACAAAGCAUUCUUUUACUGCAGAGACUACAUUGGGACCUGAAUUUGCAGCUGGAUGGGCUGGUAAGAGAGGAAAACGAUUAAAAUCAAAACUUGAAGCUUUGAAGCAAAAGGUCAAAACAAUAGCAAGAGAAUUGUAUGAUGUGUAUUUUAAAUCUGCUCAAGCUCAUCCUAGAGGUAUGGUUGCUAAAUUAUGUAACAUUGUUGGACAGAUUGAAAGAGCUUGUCAAAAACAACUAUCCUAUCCAAACUCCAAUAUGCUUGCUGCUAAUGAUUGGAAAAUCAUUCUCUUAGCUGCUUUGAAUGAUCUGGCUGCUCUUCUUCAUGAUGAAAGAGCUGUAUCUGCAUAUGAGCUUUAUAGCAGUGGUGUUGUACAAGCACUUUUAAAACUUCUAGGAAAUAAAUUUGAUGAUGGGAAACCUGUUUUGUGUCAUUCUAAUAAACUACAAAAAGAUCGCAUUGCAAUUUUCAAAAAAUGCUUUGUUGAACAAGCUAUUCUUCCCAGUACAAUUCAACCCUCAAUUGCAUUGGUGCGUAAACUAGUCGCAGUUUUGGAAUCUAUUGAAAAGUUACCUGUCUAUCUCUAUGAUACCAAUGGUAGUGGAAAUGGACUUCAGAUAUUAACAAGGAGAUUAAGAUUUCGAUUAGAAAGAGCUCCAGGUGAAACAACUCUAAUAGAUAGAACUGGGCGGGGCCUAAAAAUGGAGCCUUUGACUACCGUUGGACAACUGGAGAAACAUUUAGUGAAAAUGGUUGCUAAGCAAUGGUAUGAUUAUGAUAGAUCUACUUUUGCUUUUGUGAAGAGAUUGAAAGAACCUGGAGUUAAAAUAAAUUUUUCUCAUCAAAAAGAUUUUGAUGACAAUGGAGUAAUAUAUUGGAUUGGUACCAAUGGAAGGACUGUAUCUGAAUGGGUGAACCCAGCACAAGUGGGCCUUGUAAUGGUGACUGCUUCUGAGGGAAGAAACCUGCCUUAUGGAAGGUUAGAAGAUAUUCUUAGCCGUGAAGCAUCAGCCUUGAAUUGCCAUACAAAUGAUGAUAAGCGUGCUUGGUUUGCUAUUGAUCUUGGUCUGUGGCUCAUACCAAACAGAUAUACCUUGCGGCAUGCAAGAGGCUAUGGAAGGUCUGCCCUUAGAAAUUGGUUAUUUCAAGUAUCAAAAGAUGGUUCUAAUUGGCUAACACUAUUUACUCAUGUGGAUGAUUGUGCCCUUAAUGAGCCAGGCUCUACUGCAUCCUGGCCCUUAGAUCCACCUAGCACAGAAGAACAAGGGUGGCGCCAUGUAAGACUUCAGCAAACUGGCAAGAAUGCUAGUGGACAGACUCAUUAUUUGUCUUUAUCUGGAUUUGAAAUUUAUGGAACUGUUACUGGCGUUUGUGAUGAUUUAGGUAAAGCUGCCAAAGAAGCUGAAGCAAAUUUGCGUCGUCAAAGAAAAGCAGUAAAGCAGCAAAUUAAGUACAUGGUUUUAGGUGCAAGGAUAGUGCGUGGGCCUGAUUGGAAAUGGCGAGAUCAAGAUGGUAAUCCCCCUAGUGAAGGCACUAUAUCAGGAGAAUUACAUAAUGGUUGGAUUGAUGUAACCUGGGAUCAAGGUGGUGCGAAUUCAUAUCGCAUGGGAGCUGAGGGAAAAUAUGAUCUCAAACUGGCUCCUGGUUUUGAUCCUGAAGCAUACUUGGCUUCUAUUUCUAGUUCUACAGUUGCUCUAGCAAAUUUAAAACAUAGAGCAAAGUGUAUAACUUCAACAACUGGUUCAUCUACUUCUGCUAGCAAAGGUGCAAAAACUAUUACAACUGAUACAUCAUCAGCAAAGGGGAGUGUGUCUAGCAGCUCUUUUGGAACUUAUGAAGUAUCAGCAUCAACUUUACUUUCUCCAUCAUCAGAACAAGCUGUAUCGGAGAAUUUAUCAGUUAAGCAGGCAGCAGAGAUGUUAGCAGAAAAUGUUUUAUCUUCUGCCAGUGUAGAAGCUGCAGUAGUCAAUGCAGAUGUAUCAGAUUCCGAUAACAAUGCUACUCCAAUUAGAAUUCCGCCAUGCAAAACUUUUCUUAUGCGCAAUGACUAUUGCUCUGUGUCAAUGGGCAUUGGUUUAUCUCCUACCAGAGAAGAAGCAGAAGAUGCUUCUGUUCGAGAUUCCAUUGAAAAUCUCCAGUUGUCAGAAAGAGUCGGAAAUGAAAAAAAUUGUGAUAAUCAACUUCAAAACUCACGGGACUCGGCAAGUAGUGGAAGCACCAUGAGUGUGAGUGCACCAAAUUUGUCAAACACUAAUGUUAGUGAUUCAACUGUUAGUUUAUUAGAAACCUUUGCUGCUGUUGCUAGGAGAAGAGCUAAUGGGAAUUCUUCAAACACUACUACACCAAAUUCAAUUUUUACCCGUGGAUCUAAUAAUGUUGGAAGCCUUGUGCGCUUAGCGCUGUCUUCGAAUUUCUCUGAAAUUCUUGCUGACCUCCUAGGAGAAUUGCCUGAUUUUGAAACUCCAUCUGAAAGUGCUACAAUAGUGAAUCUUUCAGCUCCAGGUGGACCUCUAACUACUGCUCAAAGCUAUCCAAGUCUUACAACUACUACUACAUCUGCAUUAUCUAGCAGUCAGUCUGCAACUGGGGGAACAUCUGCAGGAUCAUAUGGGCAGUCAUUAACUGUUAGUCUUACAUCUACAUCAAGUGAAAGUGAGCAAGACUUCUUGGAUAGUUGUCGUGCUACAACUCUCUUGGUGGACUUAGAUGACGACGAAGAACUACCUGAUCCAGAAGAUGAUGAAAAUGAAGAUGAUGAUGAGAAUGAAGAUGACAAUGGUUUUGAAGACAUUACAGAUGAUGAAUGUGAAAUUGAAAAUGGGAAGCCUAGAAGCUGGGAUGAUGAAUUUGUCCUUAAACGUCAGUUUUCUGCAUUAAUUCCUGCAUUUGACCCAAGGCCAGGCAGAACAAAUGUGAAUCAAAUAUCAGAUUUAGAUAUUCCUGCCCCAGGUUCAGAUGUUUCAGAAAGUGGUGAUGUACAGAUAUCUUCUACUCAACCAAAACUUUCCCUUCAUCUGAAAGGUCCAAAUAUACCUGGGGUCCUGGAUAUAUUAUUAGAACUUACUAAUGCAGACUGGACCAUAUUCCAUGCAGUUCAACAUUUAGUUCAAGAUUCACAAAUAGGGUCCCGUCAAGACAAAAUUCGUAGAAUAUGGGAGCCUACUUAUACCAUAAUCUACAAAGAAGCAAGAGAAGCCAAAUCAAAAGAUUCUAAAACAAAUGGGAAGUUGCAAACUCCUAAGGAUGCCAUAAAAUCAUGGGAACAACCUGGAAGCUUAGGUUCCUGUAAUUUGCCAUCUGUUUCUAUGGAACCAACUAGUUGCACUGUUGAGGAAGUGCUGCAAGUUCUGAGGUUGUUGUAUGUUUUGUCAAAAGAAACAACGAAUGCAUGGGAAGAUUAUAUUUUUAAAGUUCCUGCUGAAGAAUUUAUUAGCAAAAAAAUUACUACCAAAUUAGUUCAACAACUUCAGGAUCCAUUGGUUUUAGCUUCUGGAGCACAGCCUGAUUGGUGUGAAUACUUGACUUACUCUUGUCCUAUGAUUUUCCCUUUUGAAACUCGGAGCUUAUAUUUUACUUGUACUGCUUUUGGUGCUUCUAGAUCAAUUGUUUGGCUUCAAAAUCAGAGAGAUUUAACUUUAGAGAGAAAUAGAGGACCGUCACCAAGACGUGAUGAUCCUCAUGAAUAUCGAAUUGGUAGACUGAAGCAUGAGAGAGUUAAAGUGCCUAGAGGAGAACAGUUGCUUGAUUGGGCAAUGCAAGUUUUAAGAGUUCAUGCUGAUCGUAAGAGCAUUUUGGAGGUUGAAUUUAAAGACGAAGAAGGUACUGGUUUGGGUCCUACUUUAGAGUUCUUUACAUUAGUUGCUGCAGAAUUGCAGCGUAAAGACCUUAGACUAUGGCUUUGCAAUGACGAUAUCAAGGAUAUUACAUAUUCUUCUUCAUAUGAAAAUGACACUAUUAAACCUCCUGGGUAUUAUAUAAGUAAUUCCUUUGGUCUGUUUCCUGCCCCACUGCCACAAGAAUGUGAUAUGAUUGAAAAAGUUGAGACUUAUUUUAAUUUUCUUGGUAUAUUCUUAGCAAAAGCACUUCAAGAUAAUCGAUUAGUCGACUUGCCUCUUUCUCGUCCAUUUCUCAAAAUAAUGUGUCAUGGUGAAGUUUUGAGUAAAAUGAGAGAUAGGGAACCUAUUGCAAAUCAUUCUGUUGCAGCAAUGGUUUCUUCAUUUACUGAAGAUGAUCUAUACGUUGUGUUGUCUGAAGAACAAAUGAAACGAAAUAAGAAAUGCAAGAAAACACCACCUGAACCUUCCUAUUCAUGGUUUUAUGGCAUUCUUGAUUAUGAAGAUUUUCUUGAAGUGAAUGAAUAUCAAGCAAAGUUUCUAAAGCAACUCCAAGACCUUGCAACAAAAAAACAUUUCAUUUUAGCGGAAAGGUCCCUUUCCAAAGAGGAUAGAAUAAAUCAGUUGAAAAACCUAAGUAUCCCAAUGCCAAAUUGUCCACUUGGCAAUGCUGUGAAAAUAGAAGAUCUAACCUUGACAUUUCAAUAUUUCCCUCCCUCUGAUGUAUAUGGAUUUUCAUCUGUGGAUUUGAAGCCUGGAGGCGAAAACAUGGAAGUAACAUUAGAUAAUGUUGAAGAGUAUGUGGAACUAAUGACAGAUUUUUGUCUUCAUACUGGUAUACGUAAGCAAAUGGAAGCUUUCAAAGCUGGAUUCAACCUUGCCUUCCCAAUGGAGAAACUUGGAGCAUUUAGUCCAGAAGAAGUAAGAUUAAUGCUUUGUGGUGAUCAAAGCCCAUCUUGGACCAAAGAAGAUAUUCUUGCAUAUACUGAACCAAAACUAGGCUUUACACGUGAUAG